AAUUGAAGGAUUUUGUCAUUUUCCCUAUUUGUAUCCAAUCCGCUGCAGAUUUGCUCUCAUGUUCAGUGGAAUUGCAGGUUUCUACCCCCCAUAUUUUGAUUACUUUGUGCUUCGGUAAAAUUCGGCCAUGGCGGAAACCGGCGCAUUUUAGCAUACAUACGCAGUUCGGCAUACUUUAUUCUAUUUCGGCAUUCUUCCCCCACACGGAUAUUUCACAAGAAAUGUGUUGGGGAUACAUAGCCAUACCUGAAUUUGUUUCGAGGAAUUAAUCGAAUCCGAGGAGGCUAACAUCAGUUUAUCAGCAAUGGGGCAUUCAGCAGCAGUUUGGGAUCACCGAGCUUCGAUUGAAAUGACAAAGGAUUGGAACGGGAUAGAUCAAGUUGUUCUUCGUAGCCCUCGAGGAGCAUCAGCUCGAAUCAGUCUGCACGGAGGACAAGUUGUUUCGUGGAGGAACGAUAGAGGCGAAGAACUUCUGUUCACCACUAGUAAGGCUAUCUUCAAGUCUCCGAAAGCAAUGCGAGGAGGGAUCUCUGUUUGUUUUCCGCAGUGUGGAAGCUGUGGUGUUCUUGAGCAGCAUGGAUUUGCAAGGAACAAGAUUUGGUCGAUCGAAGAUGAUCCUCCCCCACUAAAUCAAAAAGAUUCUGUCGGCAAAUCCUUCAUAGACUUACUUCUGAAACCAGCCGAAGAAGAUCUCAAGUUCUGGCCACAUGGGUUUGAGUUUCGUCUUCGAGUCUCCCUGGCAUCGGAUGGGAACUUGACAUUGGUGUCGCGCAUCAGGAAUGUGAACGGGAAGCCUUUCAGCUUCUCGUUCGCUUACCACACACACUUAUCAGUUUCGGACAUCAGUGAAGUUAGGAUUGAAGGUCUCGAAACUCUCGAUUAUCUGGACAACCUCUGCCAAAGGGAACGGUUUACCGAACAAGGCGACGCCAUAACAUUUGAGUCUGAGAUCGACCGUGUUUACCUAAGCUCUAGCCAAUGUGUUGCCGUCCUCGAUCACGAAAGGAAGCGAACAUAUGUGAUGAGGAAGCGAGGACUACCCGAUGUUGUGGUGUGGAAUCCAUGGGAGAAAAAGUCGAAAGCGAUGGCGGAUUUUGGGGACGACGAGUACAAGCAGAUGCUGUGCAUAGGCGCGGCGGCAGCGGAGAAGAGCUUGACUCUGAAGGCCGGGGAGGAGUGGAUGGGGCGGAUCGAGCUCGCGGCAGUCCCGUCGACUUUCUGCAGUGAUGAUCUUGAUUGAUUGAUGGUAGCUUUAAACUCAACUCAACUCAAGCCUGUGGUUUUUUUUCGAGAUGGCUGGCUGAUGUUGUUUGUUGGAUUUUCGAUAUUUCCUUGCAAUUUCAUUCUCUCGUACUAUUAAGAGAUGAAAGUGGAAGUAAGAAAAUUCAAAUGUUUGUUAUUAUUAUUAUUGUCUUUUUAUAUAGUAAAUUAGUGCAGAAGUUUGACAUAA